AUGAAGCUCAACGAAGACGACCUGUACCGGACCUCGACGCAGUUUCGCCAAUGGUCCUUCACCGCCGAGCAGCUCGCCGCCCAACGCGCGAAGACGAACCUCCAAGCCACCGAGCGCGUCAAGCUCAAUGUUGCGCGGCAACGCGCCCAGCGCGCUCAGACAGCAGAGCCCGACAGCACCAGCGGGAACUCGGGCGUCGAUGGCAGUGGAGCGAACACACCAAACGCCGUCACCUCGGACAGGGACGUCGACUGCUUGACCGUUGCUGAAGAGAUGACGUUUGUGGAGGAGUUCUGCGAGCGAACCAUGGCGUUGGGCGCAUACUGCCACUUCAGCGACGCCGCCGUCGCCACAUGUAUACAGUUCCUGCGUCGCUUCUACCUGUACAACUCGCCCAUGACCUACCACGCGCAGAACAUCAGCAGGACUGCCAUGUUCCUUGCCGGCAAGUCUGAAAGCGAACACCAGAGCCUGGAUGCAUUCGCUGCACAAAUCUCAUCAGAGAAAACAAAGGUCACCCCAGAGCAGAUCCUGGCGCCCGAGUAUCUCAUCGUCCAAGCACUGCGCUUCAACUUCGAUGUCAAGCACCCCUUUCGGGCUCUCAAAGGCGGAAUGCUCGACUUGAUGAGCAUCGCAAAUGGGAAGUAUGAAGGCCCCAAUCAUAGCACGCACACAACAGCCGCAGAUCUGCGCACUGCGAUACUCCAGCUGCCACGUAAAGCUGGCGGCCCUGCGACGAAAGCAAGUUUCCAACAGGUCGAGCAACGCAUCAUGCGCGAAUCAUAUGCUCUUGCUGCGCAAAUCUUGAAAAAGACCGCCGCCCUUACAGACGUCUACUUCCUCUACACUCCGUCUCAGAUCUGGCUCGCGGCAUUACUCUUAGUCGACGAGCCCCUCGUACUCUUCUACCUUUCCAUCAAGCUACCUUCUACCUCUCCUAUUUACGCAAAGGUCAUCACCGCUCUCUGCGACUGCGCCCAGACCAUGUCUUCGCAUCGUUCGUAUCGAAAACUCCAGCUUCCCGCAGAAGAACAGGCAAAGAUGGACGCUGAGCACAAGGCCGAAGUCAAGAGACUCAUCAAGAAGCUGAAACUGUGCCAGGAUCCCGACAAGGUGGACCUCGUAAAGCUAAACCAGGCACAAAAGCGUGACGCGGUACAAGGUUCCGAUCUCGACGAGAACAAGGCAAAAAGGCGGAAACUGGACCGGGAAAACUUCGAGAAGGACUCUGAUGCCUUUUGGGGACCUGAGCUGUCAGCGAACCGCGCAAAACCUGCGUAG